AUGUCUAACGAAAUCCACCUACGGCUUCCAUCCAGGCUCUCCUCGCCUGCUGCUGCGACUGCUGAGACUACUGCUUCUGCUGCUUCUUUCCAUGCUAGUUCGCCGGGAAUAUCAAGUACUAUCCCGUUGAUCGGGACAUGGUACGCCCUGAGCUCUUCGGUUGAGUUUUUAAGGGAUAAGAAAAACGUGUCCAUUAAAUAUUCCCUGAAAGAACCAGGCCAUGCUAAAGAGGCCGGUGGUAACGUCGUUGAAUUUGCAAAUGAUACUGUCCUUGACUCGGUAACUUCUUACCAAUUGCUAUCGGGGGAGGGCUCUGAUAUUGUUGAUACCACCGUGGGGACUGAAAGACCAACCCCAAAUUCCCUCCCUGGUGUAUUUACUUGGCGAGGCACCGGCUUCGCCAAGUUUAUAACCAACCGAUGGGAAAUUUUGGGUUAUGGCAAUCUUCCACUUGAGAGCAGUAAGCCUAUACAGGAAGGUGACGAACAGCCUAUGUGGAUGGUCAUAUAUGCGGAUAAGUCUAUGUUUAGCCCGCCGGGACUAAGCAUCCACUCAAAAGGCACCAAGUCACUUCCAGCCCAGACUAUGGACCAGAUAAGAGCUGCCUUGGGUAAUCUUCAACCCAAGGAGUUAAAAGACUCUGUCCGUGGUAUGGUUGAUAUCUUGCAAGAGUGA